AUGAUUCAUCGGGCUCCGUUGUCAAGGAAAGCAUCAUCUUCAUCCUUGUCAUCAUUAUAUUCAGCUAGGAGAAGUUCUGCAGUAUCAUGUUCAGAUUUAAUACGAUUACAAGAUUCAUUCAAAAGAAAACGAUCAUUUUCAAAUAAUCUGUUGACAUUACUUUUAUUAUGUUCUUGUCCACUUUUAUUUUUGUAUCAUUAUAUUGUUCAAUAUUUUCUUGGUUCAAUUAAAGAAGCUUUAAAAGUAUUGUUAUUUACUGAUUAUUUUAUUGAAACACAAAUAACAGUUGUAGCAGUAUUAUUUCCACUUAUUUUGGUUUGUUUUCAUAUUGUUUUACAAUCAAUCUUGCCAACAGAAUAUCAUACUAUAUUAAAUUAUGAUGGAACAUAUCAAAAACAACGAUUAAAUUCAUUUACAUGUUCAUGUUUUUUUACUCUAUUUUAUAUACUAGGAUCAGGAUUAAGAUUAUAUGAAGGAGAUAUAGUAUUUGUUAAUUGGAUACCAAUAUCAUUUUUUAAUUCUCUUAUCAUAUUAUUUAUAUUACUAAUAACAAUUGGUAGAAAUCAUAUAAAACACCAAGAAAAUACAUCUCUUCUUUCAGAUCUCUUUUUUGGUAUAAAUUUAUCACCAAAAUUUCUAGAUAUUGAUGUUAAAAAAUUUGUAACUCAUCAAUUGGCAACAUCUUUAUGGUUGGUGUAUAUAAUAUCAGCAGUUUUGUAUGCAAAAAAAAAUCAAAAACAAUUAAAUGAUACCUUUAUUUGUGUUUCUUUACUUCAAAUAAUUUAUAUUUUUAAGUUUUUAUGGAAUGAACAUUUAUUUUAUGCUAAUUUAGAUGCUCAAAAUGAUAGAAUGGGAUUUUAUAGAACAUGGGGAGUUAUUGUUUUUAUCCCUACAAUAUAUACAACACCUGUUACUAUUGCUGCUAAUUUAACAAAAUCUAUGAAUCCAUUUUUUUAUAAUUUUACUAUUUUUGCAAUGGGAUUAUUUGCUAUUACAAUGACAUAUUAUAUAGAUACACAAAAAUAUCAAUUUAGAUAUUCACGUGGACGUUAUAAGAUAAUGGGAAAAGAUCCAUUUUUUAUUGUAGCAAAAUCUCGCAAAGAUAAUGGGGAUAUUCAGACGUCGCUACUUCUUGGUUCAGGAUUUUGGGGAAUAACAAGAAAAAUAAAUUAUAGUUUUGAAUGGUUAACAGUAAUUUCAUGGAUUCUUUUACUUGGUAAAGCAACACCAUUAUUAGGUUUAUUUCCAGUACUCUUUAUAACAAUAUUUCUCAUUGGAAGAGCUUUAAGAGAUGAGCAAAGGUGUCUCCAAAAAUAUGGAAAUUAUUGGGUUCAGUAUUGUCAUAGAGUACCAUUUGUAUUCAUUCCUGGUGUCUAUUAA